CUUUUACUGUACAGACCAAAACCUAUCCUGGCCAUUGAGUGGCCACUUCAAUUCGAGGUGCUGAUGUUUGGGGGUGGUUUUUUCGGAGGUGGCGGUGAGGGACGCGGCCCAGCCGGCUUCUUCGGUCAGAAUGCCAGAGGCAACUUCAAAGCGGAGUAUGACGUGUAUCCUGUAAGUUUCCUGGGCAAAGAAGAGCUGGAAAAGGGAAACAAGAUCAUCCUGCCACAGUCCGCGCUGGACCGACUGGCACGGCUGAACAUUUCCUGGCCGAUGCUUUUUGAGAUGACAAACGUCGCCACCUCCAGAUCAACCCAUGGAGGUGUUCAAGAAUUCAGUGCAGAGGAGGGCGUUUGCUAUUUCCCAUACUGGAUGAUGCAAAACCUUCUCCUGGAAGUGGGUUCGAGAGUGGAAAUCACCAACACGUCGUUGCCAAAGGGAAGCUUCGUCAAGCUGCAGCCCAUACAUUCCGAUUUCCUUGAAAUCCACAACCCUCGUGCAGUCUUGGAGAAUUCCUUGAGGAAUUUCGCCACGCUGACCGUAGGGGACUGCAUUGUCAUAGACUACAAUCAGAGAAAAUACGAGAUUGAAAUUGCCGAGUGUAAGCCGGCCAAAGCGAUUUCCAUCAUCGAAGCUGACGUAAACGUGGACUUUGCGCCUCCGAAGGAUUACCAGGAGCCCCCACCUCCUUCCGCAGCUGCAGAAAUUGCGGGUGCCUCCUUCGCUACGAAGGUAGAGGAGGCGGACGCUGUGGCUCCAGAGGCAGCAGCCAAGCCCUCCACCACGGAGGCUGUGGCACCUGCACCUGCACCCGCCAAGGAGGCUCAGGCCGUGACGCUCGAAGCGGAUGCGGUGCCUCCAACUGCGGACAUCGUGGACGCAGUGGAAGCACAGGCGGGGGAGUUCUUGAAGCCCGAUGAGCAAGGCAAGGCAGAGGACACAGAGACCGUGACAACCCUGCCAAAAGAGGACUCACCGCUUGGUGGUGAUGCGAAGGAUGUGAAGAUUGAGGGUGAUGCCCUGGCAAGCGCUUGCACGUGCGCUGGUUUCUGGUGA